UUAAAUUAUUAGAAGUGGGGUCACAAAACUAUGAAAGAAAGGAGAAACAACACAACAAACGGCAGGAAAUUUACUAAUAUCAGACAUUUUAGACAACUAGUCUUAUCGCUUCUUUACAAGCGAUCACAUGAUGAUUCUUGGUUUAAUUUUUGGACGAAACGAAGAGUCAAAUUUACACCAAGUGAAGUGAAGUAAUUUCAAUAAUCGAUUGUGAUGAAGCAG